CUCAAGACCAACCAGAGGCAAGCAGCUCAUCGAGCGCUCAACCCACCACAUCAGUCUGCGCUCAGUGCAAAAAGCCAGAAGAAGACCCGGAAGAAAAAACCACUCAAGGCCUGUACCGCCUGCAAAUCUGUCUUCUACUGCUCGCGAGAGUGCACAAAAGCACACUACAAAGCACACAAGAAGGAAUGCGCAAAACUGGCUCAAGAAUACUCCAAGACUGCUGUUUUCAAGCCCGUAGUGAGAAGCUCAGCACCGAAGGAAGGUCAUAAGGGUGGAUUGCAGAAGUGGCAGUUCGACACU